GUCGCCUUACGUUAGACCCGUGCAAAAACCCAAAAUAUAUGUCGUCGCAAAUAAGAUAUUUAGCAGAAGCGGCAUUGCAGUAGUAACACCUCGCCGUAUCGCAAGCAUACCGUCAGUAGCUUGCCUAUUACGUUCUCUUUCUUAAAAUUCUUCCGUAGAGUACAUGGUGUGAAUUUGAUAAUGUAGUAUUAUUUAGGAUAUGGUACUUGCUCGUGUGUUUGGGCGCCCGCCGGUGCUUGCGGUCAGUCGUCUGAUGUCGUCUCAGAUGACCUAUCUGGCGCUGCUACUGAUCCUUGGCGGGAUGUUACAUGGGGCUGUCUCUAAGCGUCCCAACAUCAUUGUCAUCAUGACGGAUGACCAGGACUACAUGCUCAACUCCACGCACCCCGCCUACAUGCCCAACCUGGAUCGUCUGAUGCGCCGGAGAGGUCUGGAGGUGCAGCACUUCAUCACCUCGGUGGCCAGCUGCUGCCCCUCCCGCACCUCCUUCCUGACCGGCAGGUUCUGUCACAACACCAACAUCACCUCCAACGCAUGGCCGCGAGGUGGUUUCGUGAAGUUCAUGAUGGAGGGUCUGGACCAGCAGUACCUGCCUGUGUGGCUGCAGUCCGCGGGUUACGACACGCACCUGGUGGGCAAGCUGCUCAACGGCUUCACGAAGGACAGCGCACAGGGCAUGGGCUGCCCUCGGGGCUGGACCUCGCAGGCGCCGCUCAUUCUGGGCGACACCGGCGGAUCGGAGGAGCUGACCACCGGUGAUUCCACCAAGUUCCUGACCAACUGCUCCCAGCUGGAGGUGUUCCCGGGUGUGUUCAAGGAGGUCGCCAUCCGGGAGAAAGCGCUGCGCAUCAUCGACCAGGCCGCCUCCUCCGCCGCCUCCAAGCCGUUCUUCCUGCUGAUGACUGGGUUCGCCCCGCACGACUCGUUGGGUGGUACGGACGCCGUACCUGACGUGGAGGCCAAGUACCGCAACCUCUACCCGAAUGUGACGCUGCCAAAGAGCCCUAAUUUCGGCGUGAGGACUCCGCUCAAGAUCGGAUACUAUUGGCCCACGGAAUCGGCGGACAUGAUCCCCGCCCUCACCGCACGCUACCGCGCCCGCCUGCAGUCACUCCGAACUGUGGACGACACGCUGGCGGCGGUGGUGUCGCGACUGGCUUGUCGGGGGAUGCUGGAGGACACGGUGAUCAUGUACACUUCCGACAACGGGUUCAAGCUGGGGAACCAUGACAUUGGGCAGGAGAAGUUCACACAGUACGAGGAGGACGUGCGGCUGCCGCUCUUCCUGGCCGGUCCGGGUGUGCCUCGGGGCGCGGCGGUUGGGCCUGAGAUGCAGGUGCAGAUGACGGACCUCACCGCCACUGUCAUGUGGCUGGCAGGUGCCAGCCCAGGCAACACCCCCAUUGACGGAGCUCCCAUUCCGCUUCAAGACCUGUACAAUCUGUACGGCAACCAAACCGCUAGCGCCGCUGCCGGCACACCGCCUGAUAGUAAUAUGGCCUACUACUGCAAGCCGUCACCUCCGCCGGAUCCCCCCUUGCCGCCGACGGAACCGAGUACCCCCUCGCCGGUGCCGCCGCCGCUGCCGGCGCCAUUACCCCCGCCGACGCCUCACCGCCAGCCCCCCGGGCCACCGUCGCCGCGUCCUUCGCCGCCGCGUCCCCCGUCGACGCUUUCCUCCGCACCACCGCCGCUGUCACCGCCGCCUCGGCCGCCGUCACCGCUACCGCCGACACUACUGCCGCCAUCACCUCUGCCGCCGCCGCCGCCGUCGCUGCCGCGGCCACGGCCGUUGCCACCGCCACCGCCGCCGCCGCUGCCAUCACCUUUACCACCGCCGCCGCCAACACCACCACCACCGCCGCCGCCUCCACUACCGUCUCCGCUGCUGCCACCGCCGCCAGGUCGCAAGCCUCGCACGCCGUCGCCACAUCCUCCGCCACCGAUGCUUCGCCCGCCGUCGCCGCGUCCUCCGCCUCCGUCGCCUCCACCACCGUCGCCUCCACCUCCGUCGCCUCCACCUCCGUCGCCUCCACCUCCGUCGCCUCCACCUCCGUCGCCUCCACCUCCGUCGCCUCCACCUCCGUCGCCUCCACCUCCGUCGCCUCCACCACCGUCGCCUCCACCACCAUCGCCUCCACCACCGUCGCCUCCACCACCAUCGCCUCCACCACCGUCGCCUUCACCUCCGUCGCCUCCACCACCGUCGCCUCCACCUUCGUCGCCUCCACCUCCGUCGCCUCCACCUCCGUCGCCUCCCGCGGCCCCACCACUGUCGCCUCCACCACCAUCACCUCGACCACCAUCGCCUCCACCUCCGUCGCCUCCAGCACCAUCGCCUCCACCUCCGUCGCCUCCACCACCGUCGCCUCCACCACCAUCACCUCCACCACCAUCGCCUCCACCUCCGUCGCCUCCACCACCAUCGCCUCCACCUCCGUCGCCUCCACCUCCGUCGCCUCCACCACCAUCACCUCGACCACCAUCGCCUCCACCUCCGUCGCCUCCACCACCAUCGCCUCCACCUCCGUCGCCUCCACCACCGUCGCCUCCACCACCAUCACCUCGACCACCAUCGCCUCCACUUCCGUCGCCUCCACCACCAUCGCCUCCACCACCAUCGCCUCCACCACCGUCGCCUCCACCACCGUCGCCUCCACCACCGUCGCCUCCACCACCGUCGCCUCCACCACCAUCACCUCGACCACCAUCGCCUCCACUUCCGUCGCCUCCACCACCAUCGCCUCCACCACCAUCGCCUCCACCACCGUCGCCUCCACCACCGUCGCCUCCACCACCGUCGCCUCCACCUCCGUCGCCAGUGUUGCCGCCUCCUCCGCCAACGCCUUCUUCCUCACCGCCAUUGCCUCCGCCGCCGUCGCCGCUUCCGCCAUUGCAGUCACCCCCUUUGGCAACCCCACCUCCUAUAUUACCUCUGCCACUGUCCUCGCCGCCACCAUCACCACCGCCGGCACCGCCGCCGCCGUCGCCGCGUCCUCCAUCGUCACUGCUGCCGCCGUCGCCGCCUCCGCCGUCGCCCUCAUUGCCGCCACCGCCAUCACCGCCUGCACCAUCGCUGCGACCGCCGCCGUCACCACUGCCGCAGCCUCCACCAGCGCCCCCUGCUCCUUCCUUGCCCUCAUCGCCACGCCGGAAGCUGCCCCGGCCGCCGCCUGCGCUUCCACCACCCGCAGCCGUGCCGCUGCCUUCGCCGCCGCCGCCACCGCAACCCUCGCUGCCGCCAAAACCCUCCUCGCAUCCGUCUCCGGAACCCUCGCAGCCGAGACGCCCUCCCGUUCCUCAGCCGCCGCAGCUCCCGGCGAUACUACGGUUGCCGCCACGGCCUGUGCUCGCUUCGCCGCCGCCGCCACCACCGCCGGCGAUUCCUCGGGAAACGUCGUCACCGCCGCCAGCGAAGGCAAAACGAUCACCACCGCCGCCGAAGCCCUUGCCCCCGCCAUUGCUGCUGACGUCACCUCCUCCGUCGACCUCACAUGCGCCUACGUCGCCGCCACGGCCGGCAUCACCACCAUCGCCGUUGCCGCCGCUGCCACGGCCAUCACCACCGCCGCCAGCGUCACUAACGCCUCCGCCGCUGCCUCGCCCGUCACCACCGCCGCCGGCGUCACCGCCUCUGCAGAGCCUUUCAUCACCGCCACCGCCUCCGUCGCCGCUAUCGCCGCCGCCGCCUUCAACUCCGCCGUCAUUACCGGUACCACCCUCCCCGCCGCCAAAGUCUUUCCGUAUCCCCAGGGCGCCCCGUCUGCCACCCGGCCCACCUCCAUCCCCCAUGCCACCGCCUUCCCCGCCCCCACGGCCUCCCAGCCCUCCCAAAAAGCAAUCCACCAAGCCUCCUCCGCCGCCGCUGCCUUCGCCUCCUGCGAGUCCUCUCGCCUUCAACGCCACCUCAGCCGCCGCCGCCGCCACUUCCUCGCCGGCUGCCGUUGUCGCCGCAGCGCCGCUGCUGACUCGUCACCGCCGCGGCCGCCAGCUUCGGCACUACCGUUGGGCCCUGGAAAGCAGCUCCACGACGCCGUUGGUUACCGUUGGUUCGGUUGGAUCCGUUGCUGGCUCCAGCGACGGCGGUACGACAAGCGGUACGACAUGCGGUACGACAGGCAUGCCAACGAUUCCGCAACUGCUUGGGAACUGGCGGCCGGCGGGUUGGACGUGGCAGCAUGAUCUAUGGCUGGAGGAUCACGCGGCGCCUCUGGGCCUCAAGCCCUGGGUUGACAGCCUGCGCUCCGCCGUCGCCAAUGCUACAGCCACCACCGCCACCACUAGCGGCGUUUCCUCCGCCACCUCCGCCGCCGUCAUCAACGCUGCCGCCGCCACUGCUGCCAUCCGGCAGGCCCCGCUGCCGCCGGUGUCCAGCGAACUACUGGUGGAGUACUCCAUGCAACGUGUACGGCAGGCUGUGGCGGAGGCGCAUGCCGUACUGCAACAACGGGCGGCAGCAGCAGCGGCGGCGGCAGAUGCGGCGGCGGCGGCGGUGGCAGAUGCGGCGGCUGAGGACGUGGCUGAGGAGGGCCAGGAGCUGGACAUGGCUCGGACCGAUGCUCGGCGGUUGGCGGUGUCUGCAGCGGCGAACAGCAGCAGUGGGGACAGCGGCAGCAGCGGGGGAGGAGCGCCCCUGCCGGCUAGCCGUUUGGCGACCUGGAGCAACAUCGGUCUUAUCGAAUCCUGGUUGGACUCCGUGUUCAAGGGCAAGAGCUACCGAGCACUGCGGGCGUGUAGCAGCUUCCAGGCCUUCGGGGGAACCGCCAAUUGGACGUGCUACAAGUACACCGUCAUGUGCAACCCGGUGGCCAAGCAAACCCCCGUGCUGACCAACCUGGAGCUCUACGACCUGGGACAGGACCCGGCGGAGGUGAAGGACAGGUCAAAGCUGCCCUGGUCGGUGUCAACCACCAAACUGAUUGACCGACUGGAUGCCGUACUAACCAUCAUGUCGUACUGCAGCGGAGCGCUGUGCAGGAACCCGUUUCUCCGCAUUCACCCGGAUGGCAGCGUCACCAACCUGGCUCAGGCAAUGGCGGCCCAGUACGACGGUUUGUACGGCAGUUUCAAAAAACUGUCGUACAGCAAGUGCCAAAUCUACUACGAUCCAACCACCGAGGAGCCCGACCCAUUCCUCGCCGGUAUCACCGACCAACCGCCGCAACUGCCGCCGCCGCCAUCACCCAGCCCAACGCCCCGACCACCGCCGUUGCCCUCGCCGCCGCGACGGCCGCCCUCACCCGCAGCAGCGCCGCCGCCGCCGCCGCCCCGGUGACAGACUCUGAUGACGUACAUCUAGCUGGACGCACUGUUGAGGAGGUGUGGUACAUGCCAGCUAGGGAUAUACGAUGUGAAGGGGAGGGGGCAUUUAGGUAUAGGUACUCUUGAGCUGCCCUGCGCUUGCUGCUGAAAAGCAGUGAGGGAGAUGGAGGGGCAUAGAUGGUUGCAGUUGCUGGCAACCUCCUUCCUGAUGCAAGGUAGUCGAGUGCAUGCGAAGCAUUUUAAAGUUUCAAUGUCUGCUGCUGCUGCUGCAUUUUGGGUGCUUCUUCUGUCAUUCUCCACGAUUCGUACAUCCGUACCGAAACAGCGAUUGAGUGCGGGUGGGUUGCUACGGAUGGGUGCUCAGAUUGGGUGUGCAGGUGGUGGGGUCGAUGGCGCAAAUCUGCACACCGCAAGUACGUAGCUACGGCACGUGGAAUCAAUUUAUGUAUUUUGACAUAGGAUGCUUAACCAAUAGUAUCGCCUAGACUCCUUAUUAGCUGCAGCUGCAUCACUUCAUUAGUCGCGCUUCAUUGCUACAUAUUGCAACCUGCGUGCAUGCAUUAGUACAAUGUUCAGUAGUACCCGUACUUGCUCCGACGUUCCGGCAAUUGUUCGACGGCGGCCAUGUUGUGGCAGCUUGAGUACCGUGACAGGGGUCAAUCGCACACAUUGACGCCGUGCCCUUUGAGGAUACCGGCAAGCAGCAGCUCGACAGGGGCAUUGCUGCUCGACUGUUGCUGUCCGCUGCGUUUUACUGUUGCGUUGGUAUUACCACUGUUGUUGUGGUCGUUGUUUUUUAAUGUUGGUGUUUUUCAUCAUCAUCAACGUCAAUCACCGUAGCUGCUCCUAUCAGUGUAGCAUUGCUGUCCAUUGCGUUUUAGUUGUCAUGUUGUGGCAUGCAUGUGGAGAUUGUCUACUCGCAAUGUGGGGUCGCACGUGGUCACGCAAUGUCGUACACUUCACCUGGUGGUUUCUGUGACCACCUCAACUGCGACCCCCCUGCUAGGCAAGAUCAGCUGCGCACAUCGCCGCAUGCUAGCAGGAAUCGGACAGUCAGGGACAGGCACGUGGGGAGAUGGCGUCGACAUGAAGCACCGUGCUGAAUCGCGUUAAAGGAGUGUAGCUGCGUGUACUAGGCCGUACAAGGCACACGAGGGUACGCCAUGUAAGGGAACGGCCCUCUGGGUGCAUGACGCGGGAAGAAGCCGCCUACACCCCCCAGUCAAAGACC